AUGAACAUCUUUGCUAUAGUCUUCUACAUUAUUGCAGCAUCAAUUCUGCUGAUCAUCACACUAAUUUCAUGCCUAUGCCUAAGAAUCUUCGUCGGAAAAUCGGUCGGCAACCGGAGCUACCCUCCGGUCACGGGAACUGUUUUCGGCCAACUUUUCUACUACAACACGUUGUACGACUACCAAACGCGCCUUGCCCGGAAGCACCGGACCUCCCGACUCCUUGCGCCCGACAUAAGCGAAAUAUACACGACCGAGCCGAAAAACAUCGAGUACGUGUUGAAAACGAGCUUCGGCAGCUACACUAAGGGCAGGUACAAUCAGGAACUAUGGAGUGACCUGUUUGGGAAGGGAAUAUUAGUGGUCGACGGAGAAAAAUGGCGCCAGCAGAGGAAGCUGGCGAGCCUCGAGUUCUCGACUCGUGUCCUCCGAGACUUUAGCUGCUCGGUUUUCAGGAAAAACGCGGCAAGAUUGGUUGGGGUCGUUCGCGAAUUUUCCAAGGAAGGCCGAGCUUUUGAUGUGCAGGCUUUGCUGAUGAUGUACACACUGGAGUCCAUAUUCAAGGUGGGUUUUGGAGUCGGGUUAGAGUGCCUAAACGGGUCGAAUGCAGAUGGGAAUCGAUUUAUCAAGGCCUUUGACGACUCGAGUGAGUUAGUGUAUUGGCGUUAUGUCGACCCGUUUUGGAAGAUCAAGCGAUACUUCAACAUCGGUGGGGAAGCCACUUUGAAGAAGAACAUCAAGUUUAUUCACAAUUUUUUGGACAAAGUCAUCAAGAGCAAGAGACUAGAAUUGGAGAAGGGACAACAUUUUAACAACAAAGAGGACAUACUUUCGAGGUUCCUGGUCGAGAGCAAGAAGGAUCCCGAGACGAUGUCAGAUCAAUAUUUAAGGGAUAUUAUUCUAAGCUUCAUAAUCGCCGGCAAAGACACAACUGCAAACACUCUAUCUUGGUUUAUUUACAUCCUCUGCAAGUAUCCGACGAUUCAAGAAAAAAUCGUGCGAGAAAUCGAGAAGGUGAUUAAUAUUUCUCCUUCUCCACACGGCACUAAUGAAAUUAGUGUCGAUGAAUUUGUCGAAAGAAUUACAGACGAAGCACUUGACGAAAUGCAUUAUCUUCAUGCAACGUUGACCGAGACUUUGAGGCUAUACCCUGCUGUCCCUGUGGAUGGAAGGUGCGCGGAAAAAGACGAUACUCUCCCGGAUGGGUUCAAAUUGAGAAAAGGUGACGGCGUAUAUUACAUGGCGUAUGCUAUGGGCCGUAUGACGUAUUUAUGGGGAGAUGAUGCCGAAGAGUUUAAACCUGAAAGAUGGCUCAAAAACGGGACUUUCCAACCCGAGUCACCGUUCAAAUUCGUUUCUUUUCAUGCAGGCCCAAGGACUUGUCUGGGAAGGGAUUUCGCGUAUCGACAGAUGAAGAUAGUAUCGGCAGCUCUAUUGCAUUUCUUCAAGUUCCGAUUAAGUGACGAGUGCAAGCGCGUAACUUAUAGGAUCAUGUUUACGCUUCAUAUCAGCGGUACCCUCGACAUUCACGCAGUUCCAAGAAGAUGCUUUACUUGA